UCAAAGGAACCUUUGCCUCUUGAACAGGGCGAAACAUACCCACAUGCCCCCACACAUAGACUUUAAUCAUUAUGAUUCGAUCUUUAACUAAAUUAGUCUAAGAUUGGGGUUUUGGUUUUGGUUCAGUGUUGGGCGCCGAUAUAAAACGACUUCGUUUUGAUUGUCUAAAUACCCUCUUUCCUUUCAUAUCAAUUCUCGUUGUUAAAAGGCAAAGCAAUGCCGUUGCAAGAAAGGAUAAAAGAUUUGUUUCUUCUAACUUUUUGGUUUUAUCUCAUAAACGCUCUCGUCCAAUUCAAGAAAAUCGAAUGAUGGGUUUUCCUUUUGGUGUCAAUCGACAAGUGGUUUUUUUCCUUUCUUUUUUUUUUUUUUUUUCUCUCUUUUUCCUUAUUUGCUUUCUCAAAAUCACUUCAAUGACGACUGAAUACCAUAUCGGGAUUCAUUUUCACGUGGGUGUUGAAGCAAACACGGUUUGAUUGAUUGAUUGUGUUGCCACGGUGAAGAUUUUACAAGUAUUUGAUACCUAAUUAAGAGUUGUUCUUGAGUAUGGUGGUUGAUCUUCGUGACAGCGAAUUUCUUCUCAACUUGGUGGCUUUGCUCUGAGGAUCAAAAAAGUCAAAUGUGCCAUGGCUGAAAGCAACACAAGUUUGGGGACGCCAGAAACUGAUAUGACAACUUUAAAAGAAGCCCUUUGGGCUCAGCAACAGCUACUUCAAAAACUUUACUCUGAGUUGGAUGAGGAGCGAGAAGCCUCGGCUACUGCAGCAAGUGAAACUCUAUCCAUGAUAUUGCGUCUGCAAGGAGAAAAGGCUGCAGUGAAGAUGGAAGCAAGUCAAUAUAAGAGAAUGGCUGAAGAAAGGAUGUGCCAUGCUGAGAAGUCGCUUUCGCUUUUUGAGGAACUAAUCUAUCAGAAAGAAAUGGAAAUUGCAUCUCUGGAGUUCCAAGUUCAGGCUUAUAGGUGCAAACUUCUAAGCAUGGGUUAUAGUGAUCCGGUUGCGGGUGACACAAGGUUUCCAGACAAUCUGUUGUUGCAAAGAAAUGAAUCACUUGUUGGGGACACGAGUGUUAAUGACAUUGUUAGAAGGAGCAAUUCUCUGCCUUCAAUUCGACUGAAAGAUUCAUAUCACAAGAAGGCUAUUAUUGAAAGAGAAAGGUCUAUGAUCCCAUUGAUUCCUAGGAUAGUAGAAGAAAAUAUGGACCAAGAACUCGGUGAUCAGAACUUCGAUCUGGAGAAGAAAUCAGAGAACUCCUCUGCAGUUGGAGAUUAUGAUUCAUAUUGGGAACAGAUCAGGAGGUUAGACAAAAAGGUGAAAGAGUUAUCAGAUUGUAAAGAUUCUUCUAGAGGAGGUAAAUCAGCAAAUUUGAAGGCUGGGUCUAGGUCUUCAUUACCUUCACAAGUGAGCAUGACAUCUUAUGAUCUAACAAGCGGAGACAUGACCACAAAAUCAGGCAAAGUUAAGCAUCCUGGAGGUUUUUUAGAAGAUGGAGCAAUUACAAACUCGGCUUGUGCUUUUGGUGUCCAUGAUAUUUUUGAAGUUCCAAAAGCAAUUAAGAACCACAAGAGCUGCGAGCGGAUGAAGAAAGAACAGAGUAAAUUGAUCUUGGAAGAUGAAGACAGACUCCUAAUGCCAGAUUCAGUCUCUAAGGAGGCUGCCGAAUCAUAUAUAAGAGAUGAAACUGACUGGGAAAAGGAAAGCUUUCUGAGUGCAAACCAUGAAAAUAGAUUAAUUAAACCAAAACAUGGGAUGGCAUUUGAAAGUGAUUUGGCUUUCCCUUGCUCUACAAUUGGUGUUGCUGAAUGUCAGGCUGAGUUUCAACAGCUUGUUAGGAGAAUGAAGCAGCUUGAGGAUGAGCGGGAGAUUAUAAGGCAAGAUAAUGGAGGGGAAGAAGAAUUGAAGUUGUUGAGAGAGAUACAUGAGAAACUCAAUUUAAUACAGUCCGAAAUAGAAAGUUUGAGACCCAAGAAGAGGUCCCCUCCACCAGAUGAUCCAGCCCUAGUUUCUCUCAUGGAGGUAAGUCCCUUUUCUCUUGCUUUGUCCAUUUCAAUUGACCAUUAACAAACACAUGGUCUCAUUUCUAUCUAUUUCUCUCUUUCCAUGUGUAUGUGUAUGUUUGAACUUUGAACCUUGAUUUUGUUUUACAUAGAAUGAACUAAAAUUGAAAAUUAAAUGGACAGGCAAUGCUGUGCUUUUGGCUUUAAUCGAGUUAUUGUACCAAAACAAUAGGAACUCAUACAAUAGUCAUGAACUCCAUACAUCGUUGGAUUCAGAUAUGAUGCUAUUGCUUUGAAGCUACAGAAUGUUGAGUUUCAGAAGGGAUUGUGCAAGAGCUCUUCAAUUGUGUCUGCUCAUUGGAUUAGAUUGUGGAUUUGAAUUGGAAUUUUUGUAAUAUAAAAUGUGUACAAUGUAUAGAGAUUGCUUACUGUAAAAAGAAUACUGUGACACAGAAGUGCAUUUUUUAAUGUGAGUGUACAAGGAAUGCUUUGUUGUAGCUUUUUUAUUAUGUAAUUCAUAGUAUAUUGCUAUAAUUUUAUAUACCCAUUGAAGUUGAUGGUUCUCAA